AUGAGCAUCGAGGUCUCUCUUUCUCCCAGCCAUUCCAACUGGCCCUUUCCCGCCAACCAGCAGCUUGAUUUCUACUCAACGAAUCUGCCUAUUUCUGGAUAUUCAGCCAAAGUCAGCGAGGAUGACCCCUCGAUACCGGAGUUGCCUCUGUUCCUUGAAGCUAGAUCUCAUGCUCUUGCAGACCCACGCAAGGUUGCCAUUAUUGACAAGACUAAGGACCAAAGUUUCACUUUCGUUCAACUCUUGAACGAUGUUGCAGCCUUAAAAGCCCAGAUCCAACGAUAUAUCUCGAGCUACGACCCAUCCCUUUCAACCUCUGAAGAAGAACCCAGAAUCGCGUUCCUUGCACCCUCGGGAUACGAUUAUGUCGUCACUCAGUGGGCCGUAUGGGCGGCUGGAGCUGUUUCGGUACCUUUAUGCACGUCUCAUCCGCUCAAAGAGCUCCAGUAUACGAUUUCGGACUCAGACCCAUCUCUGGUUAUUCUGCAUCCGUCAUUCCAGAAAUUCGAGGCUGGCCUGCAAGAACAGGCACCAGGAAUCCCGAUCAUGUCGCUCACACCGCACACGCCAAACUCGAAAAACUUCCCGUUCCUUCCCAGAUUUACCACGGCUUUUCCGGUAUCGCGGCGAGCUCUAAUCAUCUACACCUCCGGCACGACCUCGAGACCAAAGGGCUGCAUCUCUUCGCAUGAGACCAUCACCUUUCAAGCACGCAGCCUGGUCGAAGCUUGGCAGUACAGCCGGUCAGACCAUUUAAUUCAUGUUCUCCCGCUCCAUCACGUCCACGGCAUUGUCAAUGGACUUACUGCCACAUUGCUUGCCGGUGGCACAGUGGAAAUGUAUCCAAAAUUCGAUCCGAAGAUUGUGUGGAACCGGUGGUCUCAGAAGGGCUCGUCGACCAUGUUCAUGGCUGUUCCAACCGUGUAUUCGAGACUCAUCGACUAUUUCGACACUAGCAUACGCGGAACGUCAUCCGAGUCGGCCGCGCGAGAAGGUGUGCGCGCUCUCCGCCUUAUCGUCAGCGGGUCGGCCGCCCUACCGGUGCCCACGAAGCGAAAGUUUGAGGAGAUCUCAGGUCACGAAUUACUCGAGCGAUACGGCAUGACCGAGAUAGGCAUGGCAUUGAGCUGUGGGCUUGAGAAGGAGAAGCGCAUCGACGGGAGUGUCGGCUGGCCGUUGCCGGGCGUGCAAGUUCGCCUGACGGACGAGAAGACCGGCCAGAUCAUCACGUCUUCCGGCAAGGACGAGUCGGGUCUAAUUGAGAUCCGUGGACCCAAUGUGUUCCUGGAAUAUUUCCGGCGGCCGGAAGCUACCGUGGAGUCGUUCACCGGCGACGGCUGGUUCAAGACAGGCGACGUGGCAAAGAGGGAGGAGAAUGGCGCGUACUUCAUCCUGGGACGCGACAGUGUCGACAUCAUCAAGAGCGGCGGGUACAAGAUCUCGGCCUUGGAGGUCGAACGGAACAUCCUGGGCAACGAGCACUUGAGCGGCCUUGUGGACGAGGUGGCUGUCGUCGGCGUCGAGGACCAGGAAUGGGGCCAGCGAGUGGCCGCUGUCGUCAAGCUGAAGGACUCGGCCGUCUCUUCUCCCAGUCUCGACCUGGCGACCCUCCGCAAACACCUGAAAGAGGACAUGGCAGCUUACAAGGUGCCCACGGUGCUGAAAGUGGUCGAGUCGAUCGAGCGCAACGCCAUGGGAAAAGUCAACAAGAAGCAGAUUCUGAAGCAGUAUUUCGGGCCGAGAGAGUGA